AUGUCUUCUCUCGGGGCCUGCGACGAAUGCUUCCGGCGAAAAAGAAAAUGCCACCCAGCCCCCAACACCAUGCAAUGCAUUCGCUGCCAAACUUCGUCUCUGUCGUGCACUAGAACACGCCGUCCAGGGCGCAUUGGACGACCACCUAACACCGGCACCCCCCGUGAAGUCCAUUCCGCGGAAUUAGUCCAGUCAAAUCACAGCCGGGAAAUCCAGCAGCAGCUUUCCCUCCCAGAUCUAGACGACUCAACUUUCUACGAGGCACUAGACAUAUGGAUGUUUGGCUCUUCCUUCGCACGCGACUUCCACCGUGCAAUUCAUUACUGUCACCAAAAUUCCCCUUGGCUACUUCACGAGAUGUUCAUCACCAUGGACACGUUCCUGGAGUGGGCUCGCUUUAGCCGAACGACCUCGGAACGAGUGGACAUCAAGGGCGGCGCCCGGUCGCUGCAGAAGCUGCGCACCGUCGAGGUCACUAGCGCCCAGGACGCCCUGGCCGUCUUAAUGUUGGGUCAAGCGCUAGCGGCGUUUGAUUUAUUCGUCACCUUUGCGGGGUCGAUUUUCAUUCUGAGAUACGCGUUGUCUCUGGUCAGACCGUGGUACCCCAGUUUUGCACGGGUCCAAUUCCUCGACCCCGUCACUAUUAGCCCCAUUUUCUGGGAUAUCGUGGAUUGUUUGGCACACCGGGAAGUGCCGGUGAUUCGGCCACAGCUGCGCGAUGCGCCUGUUGUUGACCGCUUAGCUGGUCUGUGUGCGUCCUUGCUGCCUACUCUCUAUGACUUGUGUGUGGUUGGCCAUGAAAUGCGGACAGAUCCUGAUCGGGUCUCGCGACUCGAUAAUAUUGAAGCUCAGAUACGUCAGUGGACACCAGACUACAGAGCGCUCGAGACUUCGGGCUGUAGCCAAAUAGAGAUCGCGUUGAUGCGCACACAAGCGGUUAUGUACAAACUUGCUAGCCUGCUGCUCAUCCACCGUCUACGAUACCCGUUAACCUCCCACGACGACACCGCCGCGUCUCUCGCAAAUGAGAUUCUGGCCGAGCGAACUGCAUUCUUCAGCAGACAGGGCAGCGACGCUACCCUUCAGAAUGUUGGUCUGCCUCUGAUUCUAGCACUAUUGGAAGUGCCACUGUCGAUAGAUGAUAUGUGGGAAUCUUCUACUCGACUGCGUGUGCGUCCCAUCUGCGUUGAUCGAUUAAUCUCCUUCCAUCGAUACUUUUGGGAACAGAGGUUGUCCGGCUUCAAUGGCUCGGUCUUUGAAUUGGUCGAUCGUGGUCCUACGUUUGUAGUUCUGCCUUGAGCUUGCAGAUGGCAUUGUCCCAGUACCAGGUGCGCGGCCAGAAUAGCCGUGCAGAUAAAUUUGUCACAAAUUCUGAACUUAUCGCCAUCCACAUAGUUUACUCCUAUCAGCACCCCAUCUACUUACUCAUCUCUCUCUCCAGACGUCGCAGUGUGACAAAUUUCUCAGACACUGUGUUGCGAAUCCAUUCCUGGAUCCAAUUCGGAUACGCCCUCACAAGCGCAGUUAGCCCGUACGAGUUAGGAACAACGACCUGCCCGCCAUUGCCGGCAACAAUUUGGCCAACCACAGCGGAUGAGAUCUCAUGGGGCUCUAAGACUGGUUCUUUCCAGUGGCUGCCAGCCUGCGUCAUCUUAUCGAUCAUCGGAGUGCGAACCCAGAGAGGAUGGAUAAUACUGGUCACCAAUUAACCAACGUGGUCUUUUCUGUGGAGAACAGCAUAGGUUUGUACACACCUUGUUCUGACUUUCUUUGAG